UUUCCCUCUGUAACACCUGAUAAGUUGGUGUUAGUAUUAGGAGAUCUUCACAUUCCGCACCGAUGCAACAGCCUUCCAGCUAAAUUCAAAAAACUGCUGGUUCCAGGAAAGAUCCAACACAUCCUCUGCACAGGAAACCUCUGCACCAAGGACACUUAUGACUACCUCAAGACUCUGGCUGGGGAUGUUCAUGUUGUGCGAGGGGACUUUGAUGAGAACCUGAAUUACCCUGAACAGAAAGUUGUAACUGUUGGACAAUUCAAAAUCGGGCUGAUUCAUGGCCAUCAGGUUAUUCCUUGGGGUGAUAUGGCCAGCCUGGCGUUGCUACAAAGGCAGUUUGAUGUGGACAUCUUGAUUUCAGGACAUACACACAAAUUUGAGGCAUUUGAACAUGAAAACAAAUUCUAUAUCAAUCCAGGAUCAGCUACAGGAGCUUAUCAUGCCUUAGAGAACAACAUCAUUCCUUCAUUUGUGCUGAUGGAUAUCCAAGCUUCUACUGUAGUUACGUAUGUUUAUCAGCUAAUUGGAGACGAUGUGAAAGUAGAAAGAAUUGAGUACAAGAAAUCUUGAAGUGUGCUUGCUUGUCUGCCGUUGUUACCAUCUUAUUCUGGAACUACAAGUUACUGAAAUACUUGAUUGCUAGUUUACAGUACCACAUUUAUUUGCUAACAGCUUAACAAUGUAGCUCAUUGGUCUCAACUUCAAACCAACGAUGUGUUUGCUUAUUUUCUCUUGUAUGAUUUGAUUUGUAAAAAUAUUCCAUUAACUGGGUUAAGUACUGUUCCCUAAUGUUGUAAUAAACUUUUUACUUCAUAGAAAAA